AGGCCGGCGUCGCGACGCCCUCGUCGUCAUUCCCGCCAGCAGACACCGAAGUCGCGGUACCCGGCGUUGAACGUCGCAUCCUCACGUGAGAACCAGAACGGAAGUGACGGUCUCGCUUGUGCGAACGGAAGUUUCAUCCCUCGGAAGAAAGAAAAGUAACGCGGCGGGGAGUUCCCUUCCGUCUUUUGGCAGACCGUGAAGACGUCGCGUACCCUCACCUCACCUGCAGGAUUGUGCCGGUAGUUGUUCAGCAACAGAUUCUAACCGGCAUCAUGAAUUCAAGAACAAGUCUGACUGUUAACAGCAUCAUUAUAUUCUGUCUGCUGUGCGUCGUCGGGAAAUCAAUAGCGGCGAUGGAAGAGGCACCGUCUUCUCCUUUACACAGUCCGCGAUUGAAUCCAUUAUUGAACAAUCUGAAAUUCGAGGAACCUUCUGAAAAAAGGGCUCCGUAUACUUACACCGUUUCCGGGUACAAAAGGCUACCUCUGUACAACUUUGGUCUCGGAAAACGAUGGGUCGACAAUAGCGAGGAUAAAAGAACGUGGCCGUUCUCGUUCGGCAUCGGCAAGCGCCUGCGGGAUUACAAUUUCGGCCUAGGAAAACGCAAUAACGGAUACCACCCUCUGAACCUGGACUACUUUUCGGCCGACAAUCUGGAGAGUUACCAUUCUCGUGAGGACGGCUCGGACGAUUUUAUGGAGGACAAACGCGGCAUCAAACCAUUCAGCUUCGGCCUCGGGAAACGAGCCUGGAAGUUGGCGACGGGAGAAUCGCCAGCGUCUGGAAAAGAAGCGAACGACGUCGUUGGCCCGAAAUACUUGCUCAGCCUGGGCAAGGGAAUGAUCGAGGAUGAAGAGCUGGCCGAAUAGAAUUCCUCCCCGUCGGCCACAGCACGGACACUAUCCUUUUACCCCUCGUUCCCUUCAACCCCUCGGACGAUCACAGGAAACGCAUCACUUAUAUGUGUAACACUACUUCCGAAAACUCCGACUGAACUCGAACUAAGGAGAAUGUAUAAAAUUUCAUUACUUUCUUGACAUUCCGUCGUUCGUCUUUAAUAAGUAUCUUAUGAUCUCUAUGUCGUGCAGAAACAAAUUAAUUAUUGAUUAAUCCGAUUCGUUCCUUGAUAGAAUCACUCUAUGAUAAAUUACUCUUCUCUUUCUGGCGAACUCGGGGUUAAAUUCAUUGAAAUUGCGGAACGCAAUUUCUGUGAUAAGUAUCUGUGUUAACAGCACAUGUAUGAUAUCAGCGAACGCCCUUCAGAGAGAGAGAGAGAGAGAGAGAGAGAGAGAGCGAACCGUAUCGUUCGUGGCAUCGUUAACAGCGAUUCCGAGAAUCUCUUUUUUCGAAAAUUUCCUGUAAAAUUCAUGUGUCAUCGGCAAUCCGCGCUCCUCUUGCACAUGUCUGGAAACCGAUGAGGGCACUUUAGCGAAGAGGUAUCUGAUGUAGUAGUAGAGAAAUUCCUCGAAUCACACUUGUCCGAUGCUCUGUCCGAUUUGUUUGUUCUCAAUUCCUGUAAAUUAAUAAUUAUUUUGAUCAGAGUGUUAAAUCGUAAUUUAACGAAUCGUUACAAAACAAUAUCUCGAUGUGCUAAAGAAUCAUAUUUACCUGCGUAACCGCGGCGGUACUAUACUCAUUCUUAUUGCUCGACAAUUUAAUCCUUGUAAAAAGAAGAAGCAGAAAUUAUUCUACGCAUAGUAUAAUUUUUUUCUUUUUCUUACAAUAAUUAAAUUGUCGAACAACAAACAUCAAUUUAGCUUCCCAUGCAUACUUUGAAUCUGAAAUAAAUAAUUGUUAACAAAAUUUAAAGAUCUCGAAUUUUCAUCUUUAAUUUUUAAUUCUUAUGGAUGUACUUUAGACACAUUGACAUAAAAUUUUCAUUUUGUAAAUGUAUUUGAGACAUGCAUUAAUGAUUCUUCAAUUACAAUAAUGAUAAUCGCAAACUCGCUGAGUCCUGUUGAGCCCUCUCAGCGAGAGGGUUGCAACGCGAAUUAAUAAUAACACGCUUGCUAUUAUCUGUAGCACAUUCACCACAAUCUAGACAUUGAAUGUACAGGACGUCCCGUAUAAUAUUCUUUAUUUAACACUUCCUCAAAUCUCACAAUCCUCAAGCCUCGCUCACUUGAUCUACUGAUCAGCAGUGCUCUGCUGCCAGUUAUCUUUUACCGUGUAUGUCUCCAUAAUGUCUCCCGCUCGUUCGUCAUCUCGUGAUGACAAAACAUCACAGUGCAGACGUAUAUCAAUCUCUCACUUCCACAAUUCCUGUAUUUUAAUGCAAAUGCGCAUGAGCAUUGAUACCAAAGAAUUAAAAAUAAACAUUUUUAAGAGU